UUAUUAUUAGCCUAUGUGAAUGAAAAUUGGUUAUUUGAAUUAUCAUUCUAGUUUUAAGUUCUCCGAUGAAUCGUGGCUUUCAUGUAUGUUCACCUUCCCUCUGAUGUCAGUCACCACCCCUUUGACAAAGUGCGAACAACUGGGGGUCUUACGGGUACAUAUAAGGACGGGCCGCUGUCAAAGCACAUUCAUUUCAGCCCGCGAACAGCAACACAGACUCAGAACUUCUCCUGCACCUUCACAUUGAAGAUGUCCUCAAUCCGUGCCGCUUGCCUCCUUUGCGCAGCACUUUUCGCGAUGGUCAGGGGUUUCACCCACGAAGACAUGAAAGAGGCUCUGCUAAAGAAACUGGGACUUAGUGAAAUUCCGAAAAUUCACAAGAGGGAUCUGGAGAACCUUGUUAUUCCAGCGCACAUUAAGAACAAAUAUAUUUCCAUGCUGAAACUGCACCACGCAAGGAAACGCCGCUCGCUUCCCAGUUUAGCCGGCAUCCUGAGGGGAAUCCCUGGCAAUGCAGACAUCUCUGGUGAAUUUGUAUAUUCUGACACGACACGUCAACGUGUGGUCUUUGAGAUGACAUCAAGAAUCCCUGAGAACAGUGAAGUGACCAUGGCAGAAUUGAAACUGUUCAAGAAAGCCCCACAGAAGCGCUCCAUCCCAGAGAGAAAGGGCCAUAGGCCCGUCAACAACGCCAGGGUGAGCAUCUACUGGGUGGAACCUCUGGAAGACGGGUCAAACCGAACUUCACUAGUGGAUUCCAGGUUGAUUCCCAUUCACGAAACCGGCUGGAAGAGCUUUGAUGUCACCCAGGCGGUACACUAUUGGUCGAAGAGCCGAAUGGAGAUGCCCAUGCACCUUGAGGUGUGGAUCGAGGGCGAGAGACCCGGCAGUUACGCGGCAGAGAUGGCCAAGUGUGUCCACUUCACAACUCAAGAUCCAAACGACAACACUCUGGGAAAACCUGAGCUUGUUCUUUACACCCUCAACCUCGAGGAGUUUGGGUCUAGUGGAGACUGUGAAACCAAUAAAGACAGUGAAAUGUGCUGCAGGGAAAAAUACUUCAUCAAUUUCCGAGCUUUGACUUGGACCCAGUACUGGAUCAUCGAACCCUCUGGGUAUCAGGCGUUCCGAUGCAACGGAGGCUGCCGGCAGCCCAAGCGUAAUUACGGUUACGGAGAGAGAAAGUGCGCGGUUGUGGAGAGCGCGCCGCUACCGAUGAUGUAUUUAGUGAAAAAGGGAGAUUAUACUGAAAUUGAGGUGGCUGAAUUCCCAAACAUGAUUGUUGAAAAGUGUGGAUGUGCAAUGGAUAAUAUUUCAGUUGUAUGAAUAUGCCAUUUGCCAUCGACCACCAGUCAUCAUGACGCACUGUAGCCUACUUUGUUAAAGGCUAAGGCUAAGAAAGGGUGUUGGCAACUUAACCUUUAUGACAUACCUUAAGCACUUUGUAUAAAUUUGUAAAUAUUGCUAAAUUGAUAUGCAUUUAUUUUUGCAUUUGUAUAUGCCAUAUGAAAGGAAAAGAUUGAGUUGUAGAUGUUAUAUUUUGAGCAGUAAAUAGAAUGAGUUUGUUGUAUGUCACACUUUGACUGAAUAUAAAUUAAACUAUUUUUCAUUGAAACCUUCUUUACUCAUUUAGUGACUUUCCCUGUUCUUAAACCAAAUAAACAUUUGCAUAUUCCAGUGUUUGCAGAUGGCCACAUGGAAAGCAGACGUAAAUAGCCUAGUUAUGUUUUUGUUUACUCUACACACACAAAUAAUCACUUAUUAAACAGAACAAUUUGUAGUUUAAAAAGAAGUUAAGUGUCAAGAUCCUUAUUUAAAUAUACAUAAAUAACAGUGUAAAGGGUUCUGAUACAUAGUCCAAAUAGGUUUCACCAAAAAAAAUAAAAUAAAAUAAAAUAAUAAUAAUAAUAGUGGUUAUCAGUCAAAACAGUGAUAUUAGGAAAAAUACUUUGCAUUAGAGAACAAAACACAAUUUAUCAAGGUUUAUUACAUUAUUUAAUGACACAUUUCCUUACAUUAUGAAACACUUUAACAUUCAUCUCGUUGAAAAAAAAAAAUAA